UGGAUCGUAAGCGGAACGAGCAAUCUCUCUUUAUCCGCUUUCCUAAAGGAUCAAGGCCCGCAAGCAGGGCCGCGAAAUCAUGACAAGCACGCGCAGCCCGAUCAGGUGGGAUGUCCAAGAGGCCCUGUCUCCAUGACGAACAAUACUGGCUACGCUCGGUUGGAUCGGCCAGCUUUGCUUUUCAAUCUCACAUUUGCCUAGUCUCCAACAGCACGAAAGCAAGCAUCACUCUCAACAUUUAACCCCUCGAAACCAUGGUUCAGAGCUCACCCCGUGACUACGACAUCGCUAUCGUCGGUGGCGGCAUUGCCGGUGCCACCCUCGCCGUCGGUCUAGUGCGCGCCAACGUCCCCGUCACGCUGUACGAAUCGGCCAAGGCAUUCGGUGAAAUCGGCGCCGGUGUCGCACUCGCCGCCAAUGCCGCGCGUGCAAUGGAACUCUUGGCACCAGACGUGAAACGCGGCUUCGAUCGCGUCGGCACGUUUAACUUGUCGACAGCCAAGAAGAACGUGUGGUUCGAUUUCCGUAAGGGUGUCGGUACCCAAGGCAGCAACGUCGACGACGGAGCAGGUGAACUCAUUACCAGCGUCGAGACACCGGCGGGAUCGGCUUACGUACAUCGUGCCCACUUCCUUGACGAGAUGGUCAAGCUCAUUCCGGACGGGGUUGCAAAGUUCGACAAGCGUCUGCAAGACAUUGAGACGCUCCCCGACGGCAACGUCAAGCUCAAAUUCGUCGACGGCACGGACGCCGUACACAGCGCCGUGAUCGGUUGCGACGGCGUCAAGUCGCGAACGCGCAAGGUGAUCCUCGGCGAGAACGACCCGGCCGCUAACGCCGUCUUCUCCGGCAAGUACGUAUACCGCGGUCUGAUCCCUAUGGACAAGGCUGCCGCUCUGCUGGGUGACGAGAUGGCUCGCAAUAGCCAAAUGUACUUCGGAUACCAUGGCCACGUGCUCACGUUCCCCAUCCAGCACGGCGACGUCAUGAACGUGGUAGCGUUUGCCAGUAAGGACGAGUGGAAGGACCCGAACUGGGUCGUGGGUACCACAAAGGAGGAUCUAACCAAGGACUUUGUGGGCUUCUCCAAGCACGUCCGCGACAUCAUUUCUAUGAUGGAGAACACCGAUAUCUGGGCGCUGUUCCACCACCUUCCUGCUCGCACCUACACGCGCGGUAACAUGCUGGUCAUUGGCGAUGCGGCCCACGCUACGACGCCGAAUCACGGAUCCGGAGCUGCCAUGGCCAUCGAGGACGCCUACGUGCUGUCGUCGCUGCUGGCCGACGUUUAUCACUCAUCCGAUCUGAAAGCUGCUUUCCAAGCAUUCGAGAAGGUGCGUCUGUACCGCACACAGAAGGUGGUGACCACGAGUCACGAGGCUGGCAAGUUAUACGACUUCGAGCUUCCUGGCUACGAAGAUGACGUUAAGAAGAUCGCGGAGAACCUGCAGAAACGCAUGCGCUGGAUCUGGGAGGAAGACCUAGAGCAGGAGGUAGUGGACGCCAAGAUGUUCUUCAAGACAGCGGUCAAGCAAAAAUAUUAGACACGAGGUGGCACUGGAAUGUCGGGAGAGUUACUUUCGGGAGUCGGUAGAUCUAAUGCUGAAAUUACUUGAUUUCCCUAUUUCAGAAGUUGAAGUUAACGUGCCAGUGUUCGCUUUUGGAUUUUAUCGACACGAAUAAACUCUACGUUACACUGA